UUGACGUAUGUCAACCCUAUUGGUUUAGGAGAAAUUGUUACCUAUGGUGCUGAGCGGGCUUCGUUUGUUCAGGGAUACAGCAUCAAGUUCAGCCAUCGACUUUCGGUGUACAAGAAAAGUCUUUCUUUCUCCAGUGCUGCUCACUUUGACAUCUCAUAAUGACAACACGCGUUCGACCGAGCAGUAAGCGCUGUGCAGUCAUAGGGGGCUCCGGGUUCCUUGGCCGACACCUGGUGGAGAAGCUUCUGGAGCGGGGCUACUCCGUCGCUGUUUUCGAUAUCCGCCAGAGUUACGAACUUCCUGGUGUCACCUUCUACCAGGGAGACCUCUGUGAUAAAGAGGCCCUCCGGCCCGCUUUGAAAGACGUGCCCCUCGUAUUUCACUGCGCCUCCCCGGCUCCCGCCAGCGACGACCGCGCACUGUUUCAGCGGGUCAACGUCCAGGGAACGCGUACUGUGAUCCAGGCCUGCACGGAGUUGGGAGUCCAGAAACUGGUUUUGACCAGCAGUGCCAGUGUUGUAUAUGAGGGCGCAGACAUAAAGAAUGGGACAGAAGACAUUCCGUACGCCGCAAAGCCUAUGGACUACUACACAGAGACCAAGAUUGAGCAGGAGAAGUUGGUCCUACAGGCAUGUGACAAAGAAGGGGGCCUACUUACUGUCGCUAUCCGGCCCCACGGCAUCUUUGGGCCCCGCGACCCUCAGCUGGUGCCCAUCUUGGUGGACACUGCUCGCAGGGGGAAGAUGAAGUUCAUCAUUGGUGAUGGGACCAAUCUGGUCGAUUUUACCUUUGUGGAGAAUGUAGUCCACGGCCACAUCCUGGCUGCGGAGCACCUGAGACCAGAGUCACCCUUGUGUGGGAAGCCUUACCACAUUACAAACGACGAGCCCAUCCGGUUCUGGGACUUCAUGUCCAAGGUGCUGGUAGGGCUGGGCUACGCCGCGCCGCGCUACCACCUCCCCUACAUGCUUGUGUAUGGCUUGGCCGUGCUGCUUUGGCUGCUGGCCUUGCUCCUGCGCCCCCUGGUGGCCUUCAAGCCCACCUUCACUCCCAUGAGGGUGGCCCUGGCAGGCACCCACCACUACUACAGCUGUGAGGCCGCCAAGCGGGACAUGGGCUACAAGCCGCUGGUCAGCCUGACGGAGGGCAUCAGCCGAACGGUGGGGAGCUACCCUCACCUCAGACACGGCGCCCCCUAGUGGUGGUUCUUACGAAACUCGGUUUGGGUUGCGAGCUGAUUAAAUGUGAUGUUGUGGACAUACACGCCCACAUGGGUUAACAAUGCUGUAAAAAGUGUAAAUUUCCCCAAAAGAUUUCCAAAUAUGUGUUGAGCUGGAGAGUUCCGUUGUUUGAUUUAUAGUUUGAGAUUUCAAUUGUUUAAUUGUUUAGUUUGUUCUCUUUUUGUGUCUGUAUCAUGAAUGACCUCAUAGCACCGAGUGCCACUGUCUUGUGGUUGUGUGACCAGCAGAUGGCAGCAAACAGCCCCAGACAGUAUUUUGGUGUGAAGCUCAGCACAAUGGAUUCAUGCCACUAUUGCCUGAGUUUUAACAAUUCACAUAUUGAAUCCAUACAUUCACUUCUGUGACAUUGGAUUGAAUAAUAUGGCAUGUAGCAUUUAAUUUGACAGUGCUGUUGUAAACGUAUUAUGUAAAAAUUGUAUGUAAAAUGCUGAUCACCUCUGAUGAUUGAAUGGUAUGAGUUCCAACGAAUGUUGUCAGAUCGUCAUGGAAUAAAAUGAGGGGUUGGGCCAAUAAAGAUGCGACUAUCAGACCUUACCUUUCCUCAUUCCA